AUGUUCCACCUCGUGCUGUCACUCUACACUCAGUACAGCCGCAGAGAACAGUAUAAUGUCCUUAUUCUCGGGCUCGAUAAUGCUGGAAAAACGACGUUCUUGGAGCACAUUAAGCUUCUCUAUCCUCUGCCAACAGAAACACUGAAAGAGAAACAACGGAAGGUAUCGCUUACAGGAGCCACCAUGGAGGCUGCGGAAGACGGCGAGGAAGAUACGGUGAAAAUCUUGAAAGGUAAACGUAUUCUUCCCACCGUGGGCCAGAACACAACCACCAUCCGAUAUAAGCCGAGUGACACGCUGUCGGUAUCGAGUUCAGCACAGUUCCGCAACGUCAACUUGAAGUUUUGGGACUUGGGAGGCCAGAAGUCGCUCCGAAGCAUGUGGCUGCGGUACUAUCGGUCGUGUCACGGCAUCAUCUUCAUCAUCGACUCUACAGACACCGAAAGAUUCCAGGAAUGCUACGAUACGCUCAUGGAGAUCUCCCACGACUCGUCAUGGGCCAUGGAUGGCUACGAAUCGGUCAAUGUGCCCAUUCUCAUGUUGGCCAACAAGCAGGACUUGCCACAUGCGGUAGAUUUGGUUGCAUUGAAAACGGGGGUAUUCAUAGAGGUGGUUAGUCAGCUCGAGGCCACCGAUCUGAAACUAUUGCCGGUUUCGGUAUUGGAAAAUCAUGGGCUUCGAGAGAGUUUGGACUGGUUGGUGACUCGACUAGUGUACAAUAAGGGAUCCCGGCAACCGGAAUACAAGUGA